AUGAUCACGGUGCCGCGCGUCAUGAUCACGGCGACGCGUGUCCCCUUGGGGGCGGCCAUGGCCGCCGCAACAAUGAUCGUGAUCAUGAGGCCAACCUCGAGUCACUUCAGCAUAUGUCCUCGUAGGAGUGCUGGGACAUCCAGGGCCCCCCCAGCGCCGGAAUGUCCGAAUACCCAGGUGGGCCCACAAGGCAGAGCGCGAGCCGUGAGUGGACCAGAGGCACAGGCGGGGUGUGCACGGUCCGUCUAUGGCCCAGCGGGCUCGCACUCACGUCUCAUUGAGCCCCCCCGGGUGUCUAGUACCCAGUCUGUGGAUCCAGAGGCCUUCCGCCCGCCUCCGUUGGGCGGCACUCCAUCUGGAGUUGGCUUGGACCACACACGCCCGGACAGAAGCCCACCCGUGCCGGAUAAAGUGUUGGACAAGCGGCCGGAAGACCUUACCGCUGUGGCGAUUGACCAGCCAAGGGAUGUUCCGCAAGGGAGCGCUGCUCCGGGCCGAGGGCGGAUCUCCGGUGGAACUGAUCCGAGCCCUGACAAGCAGAUCACCCAGGCUGGGAUUUUUGCGGUAGGCCGAGACCAGAUAAUAGUCCUUCAGUUUGCCGCUUUUCUCCACAAAGGUACAAAAGUUACCCUUGACCCUUCUGGAAACCUGUACCGCCGCAGGCGAGAAGGUUGUAAUGAGGGGGAUCAUGUGUUUACCAGGGGGAGGCUUCUUCUGGUCCAGGAAGCACCUGAACUGUCUCCUGAGGAAGGAUCUGGAAUACCCUCUCUUCCUCAGGGCCGUGAACUGGGCUCCCAUGGCCGUUACAAAGUCCUCCCGCCUGGUGCAGAUCCGGUGGAACCUCAGCAGCUGGGACUUCACCAAUCCCGCGUAGGUGUGUCGGGGGUGGAAGCUGGUUUUGUGGAGGAGGGCAUGGGUAUCCGUCUCUUUAAAAAACACCUUAAUGUCCAAAUGGUGAGUGGAGGUGAAAUCCGGACCCUUGAAGGUGGUAGUGUCCAGGAAGUCCACUGACGUGGGGCUGGUGGUGGACUUAAUGGUGAUACUGGGGUUGUGGGUAUUCAGGGUGUGGCGGAACCCCUCAAAUUCCUCCAUGGAAUGAGUCCACACCCCCCAGAUAUCAUCCAAAUACCUGAAAUAAUGGAGGGGCCUGAUUGCGCAGGCAGCAAGGGCAGAGGUCUCCCAUUCUGCCAUGAAGAUGUUAGCAUAGGCCGGAGCAAACUUUUUGCCCAUGGCCGUGCCCUUGAUCUGUAGAAAGAACCGGCCAUUGAACUCAAAGUCGUUCCUCCUGAGGUUGAUGUCGAGAAGC